UGCCUGCCUCUUUCUUUAAUAGAACUUUAGAAAGAGAAAACCAUAAUGUUAUGCCAAAAAACACAAAACAGUUUGUGUUUGGUCGUCAGCUGAAGUCUGUGUUAUUGACGAAAUUACGACUUCUUUUUAAAUCAAUUUUCACAAAAAAACAAAACAAACAUGAAGAGGAAAACACAAUUGUUCGAUCUAUAUUGGGAAGACAUAUUAGUAUCAAAGGUUUUACCAAAUUUAAGCCUUAAAGACUGUUUCAAUUUUCGUUGUGUUUCAAAAACCUGCUUACAAAUCAUAAAUAUGUACUUUGCUAAGUUAAAAUCGUUGAAACUGAUGAACAAGGGAUUUUCGCCGCACACGUUUAAUGUUCUCUCAACUACUUGUACUAGACUGACGGUGUUGAACUUGAGUCGAUGCGGAUCUAUCACAGACAAUGAUUUAAUGCCAAUGUUGAUGAGGAACCAGAAAUUGGUGCAUUUGAACUUGAGUCAGUGCAAGAACUUGUCUGCGAAAUGUCUCCAGCCCGUCAUACUAUACUGUAAUAACUUGCUAACAUUGAAAUUGGCGCGAUGUGCGUGGCUGACGACAGGGGCCAUGGAGGCGCUCGCUCUACACCAGUGCUCGCUAGAAGACGUAGACCUAUCCUACUGCAUUUCUAUCUCGGAGAGCUGUAUUUUGAUAUUUGUGAAGAAGUUCCGACAUUUGAAAACUUUAAACCUAGAGGGCAACAAGCAGGUCUCUGAUAAGUGCCUGUAUGCGCUCGCCAAGUACAGUACAUCAUUGAAGCUUCUAAAUCUCAGUGGAUGUACUGAAAUCUCAGAUAAAGGUGUAAAGGCCUUAGCAAAUCACAGUCCAAAAUUGGAAGGACUGCUAGUCCGAGGCUGCAUGAAGGUGACAGAAAACAGUCUCAAGCUGAUGCGGAAUAGGGUGCACCUGGACCGCAGGCCCACAGCCCCCGUACCUGUACCCAUCUAUGUACAGGUGUGACUUAUACCUCCUACUAGUAAUAUAUUAUGUAGUACAUAAAUCUCAAUACAUAGAAUUGGGAUUUUGUAUUUGCCAUAAGCAAUAUGCAUUCUCUAUGACAAAUAUUUAAUGGAGUAGUGUAAAUAUUUUAUGAACUAAGGGACUUUUUCACCUGCAAUUGGUACUUAUUUACUUAUUUUUUUUAUUAAUAUCUUCAUCAGUCCCAAAACACUAUGAGACCUGAUAUAAAAGCCAAAUUACUCUAAAAAGUACUCUUAAAAAGAAUGUGUUCAGAUAUUAAAUUAUUUUUAUAGAAAAAUAUUUUAUCUGUUUUGUUUUAAUUUGUAUAGUAGCACAAUCAUUGGAAUAAAUGUGAUGAGUUUGACUUAUUUUAAAAGUAUUUUAGUCUGUAAGAUGAAUUCAAAAAAAUAUAUGUGAUUUAUAAUUUUUUAUGAAGGAGAACCUCCUGGAUUUUGCAACUUGCCCCAGGAAUAUCAAAUCAAUGACAUAAUAAUUAUACAGCAUUUUUUAUACAUAUAAUAAAUAUUUACAAAUGUAAAGAUAUGUAAUGACAGCAUAAAAUAUAUACUGUGAUGAUUUUCGAUAACUCAUAAGUUAACGGAACGUCAGAAAAAGUUAUGAAAAAUAACUUCUUAUAAAUUAUAAUGUUCAUGUGCUUAUGGAAUUUUUCAUUUUAAAUGUAUAACUUUUAGUCAUUUGAAAAUGUGGUGGUUGUAAAUCUUCUCAGAGGAAGAUGGACAAAAUGAUUCUGUGAUUAUUUAAACUUGUAUUGUGUGCAAUAUAAGCUUUGAGUAUUAAAAUUUAGUACUCAAAGUAUGUGGGUGAUGUUUGAAAGGCUUAUCUAGUAAUUUAUUGUUGUGUAGAAUGUUUGCCCAUGCAAAACAAGUUAUGUGUAGAAAAUUAUAUAAAUAUGUAUGUAGUUAAUUUAGAUAAUAAUACGAAUUAGUCAUGGAACAUUAGUGUUCGUUAUUGAUGUAGCUGUUUACUAUUUAUAAUAACUACUAUUUGUUAUUAUGAAGGUGUGCUUUGAAAGCUGGCUGCCGAUUGCAACUGCCGACUGGCCGGCAAAUCGGUCGAUAUAUGUAUAAGAGCGACUGCACGUACUGCUGCCGCUUCGAUGCAAAACGAUUUCAUGUAAAUACAUACAAACCAGAAGUGCAGCCGGCAGCACGCAUCCAAAAUGUAUUCUGUCAUAUGCCAUAUCUGUGAUUCAUCCAAAUUCCGAUGAUUUUCAUAUAAAAACGGGAUUUUUAUUUACAUAAUGCUAACUGUGUGUAUGUUGACCAUGCUCAGAUCUACCUAGAUAGAAGAAUAGCUUGUACCUGUGUAUUUUAUAGUCGCCAUACAACAAGCAGUUUUGUCCCUAGAACUGCUCAUUCCUGCAGCAAUGGACCACUUUUUACCAAAAUUAUGAUGAACUCAAAAUGUAAAGAUAUUAUUUUAUAGUUUAUAGGUAAAUGACAAUUUUUAAUGUUAUUAGAUGUUAAAUCUCUAAUUUGAAAAAUCUUUGUGGCCAUAUUGAAAAUACAGGUUCGGUAUAUACAAUUUUUCUUGUAUUUGUAUAGUAAAUAUAACAUUUGAUUGUUGAUGUGUAUGUUAAAACUUAUACCAUAAUAAACUGGACAACCAAUAAA